AUGAGACCUGAUUUAUUUAAGGCUACUAUAGCUGGAGUACCAUUUGUAGAUGUUGUGACUACAAUGCUUGGUCCAACUAUUCCUCUUACAACUGCAGAAUGGGAGGAAUGGGGUGAUCCUCGGAAAGAAGAGUUCUACUUUUACAUGAAAUCAUAUUCACCAGUUGAUAAUGUUGUCAAGAGUGAUAUUCAGGAUGUGAUUGAUAAAGAUGGUGAGGGGUUCACUAUGGUCACAAAAAAAGCUGGAAAUGCAGGGAGUGCUACUGUGAAGGGGUACGGUACAGGUGAUAUUCAUCCCAAUGUUUCUGGAAGAAAAGGUAGUAAUUGGAAUGGAGGGAAUAACAAAAGAGGAAGCUAUAAUAGUGUUAAUAAGGAUAAGCAGGGGCAGGCUUCUCCUGAUUCUAUGGAAAAGAUAUCAGCAGAAUCCUGUCCUACUUCUGAUAUGUUGGUCAAUAAUUCUGACAGUGGUCAAACUGAGGCUAUAGAAUCUAAGUGUGAUACCAGUGUGAAUUCCAAUCUUGGGAACCAUGAUUGUUUAAAUCCUAUGAAUGACAUCCUUGAUACCAUACAUGGCGCCGUUGUACGAAACCCUAGCCAUGAAUUCCGUGUUGGAACUCGACCAGAAGGUCUUAGAUUGCCGAAGAGCUCAAGAAGCUUGAUGAAAAGGGACACCAUGACUUGCCCUAGAAACUUAACCAAUGGUGUAAUGUUGUUCGGUGGGAUUUUAGUAAUCCGACUCCAUUUAUCAGGAGCCGUGAGUUUCUUUGGCAAGAAGGACACACUGCCUUUGCAUCAAAGGAUGAGGCAGACGCUGAGGCGGCUAUAUGAAGAAUACUUGCCUGUCCCUAUGGUGAAAUUGAAAAAAAAAAAAUGCAAGAUAGAGAUGUUUGACGGUGGACUUUAUACCACCAGUGUUGAGUUCCGGUUUCCCGGUCAUUUUAUCUACACCCAUAGGUUAAUCGAUCUUCCAGUUUCUUUUUAUCCAAAAUCGGCGUCUGCCUGUUGCUUGAGAGUGAUUGUAUCUAGGGUUUCAAAUCUCGAUUUCGCGUAUUCUGUUUCUUCUAUAUUGUUUUUUUAUUACAAUCACACAAAUCUUCUUCUUCGUUCUCCACCAAAUCUCUCUGUUGCGACACCGCCUCCGCCAAAGCCUCCGUCGGUGAGUUGCAGGAUCCGUCGGUGGGUUGCUGAUGUUGCAUUACUUCCACCGCUUCUCAUCCAACCCUUCUCUUUGUUUCUUCUUCGUAUGUCUGACCAUCGGAAGCCACCACCUGUGUCGAUGAUGAUUGAAAGAGUCGUUGAUGUUUUUUUCAUCCGAUUAAGACCAGGUGUUUGA